AUGAAUCUAUUAUGUAAUUCUUCUAAUAAAUCAUUAUCAAAAUCAUCAAUAAAUCAUGAUUUAGAAGUGAUUGUUGUUGGUUUAAAUAAAACUGGAACUAGUUAUUUAAAAUCUGCCUUAGAAACAUUAUAUCAUGGUACAACAUGUUUACAUUAUACUGAUUUAAUUUAUCAAUCAAAUGAUAUAAUAGAAAAAUGGUUAGAAUUACAUUUAUGUCAAUAUCAAACAAAAAUAAAUGGUUUUCAUUAUAAUAAACAAGAAUUAUUAAAAAUAUUAUUAAAAAAUUAUAAAUCUGUAUCAGGUAUACCAAUUACAUCAUUUUUAAAUGAUUUAAUACAAAUGUAUCCUAAUGUUAAAGUUAUUUUAACAGUACGUAAUGCUGAAUUAUGGCAUGCUGCUUGUCGUACAAAUCUUAUACCCUAUCAAUCAAAUGAAUCAAAAUUACAAAAAAUGUUUCAAAAAUUUACAUUUUUCUCAUGGUUAAUUAAUUUAAAUCAAUUAAAAUUAUUAUCAUUACAAAAUACAUUAGGUAAAACAAUUGAUUUAAAAAAUGAUAAUGAAUUAAUUCAUGCCUAUAGUCGUUGGAAUGAUUAUGUUCAAUUAAUUGUACCAAAAGAUCGUUUAUUAAUAUAUAAUAUUAAACAAGGUUGGUUACCAUUAUGUGAAUUUUUAAAUAAACCAAUACCAUGUUGUACAUUUCCGGGUAGAAAUACAAUAUUUUUAUAUAAUUAUUUAUUACGUAAUAUUAAAAAAUUAUUUCAUUUUAUAUUAUAUACUUUUAUUUAUUUAUUUAUUAUUUAUUAUUUUUUAAAUCUUUUUAGAUAA